CAUUUAAAGGAAGAAAAGAUUAAGAGAUCGAUAAAAGGAAGAAGAGACCACUGAAGGAAAAAGAAAAAAGAUAUUAUUGGCUGCUGAAAUACCAGAUCAUUAAAGGGAAGAAGUGACUACUGAAAGGAAAAGGAGAUCACUGAAAGGAAGAAGAGAUCGCUAAAGGGAAGAGGAGAUCACUAAAAGGAAAAGGAGAUCACUGAAAGGAAGAGGAGAUCACUAAAAGGAAGAGGAGAUCACUGAAAGAAAAAGAAGAUCGUGAAAGGAAGAGGAGAUUACUGAAAGGAAGAGGAGAUCACUGAAAGGAAGAGGAGAUCACUGAAAGGAAGAGGAGAUCACUGAAAGGAAGAGGAAAUCGCUGAAAGGAAGAGGAGAUCACUGAAAGGAAGAGGAGAUCGCUGAAAGGAAGAGGAGAUCGCUGAAAGGAAGAGAAGAUCACUGAAAGGAAGAGGAGAUCGCUGAAAGGAAGAGAAGAUCACUGAAAGGAAGAGGAGAUCACUGAAGAGAGGAAACGAUCCUUAAAGAAAAGAAGAGAUCAUUGAUCAGUGCCAACUGAACUCUGGGACAUGGAUCUCCUGGCUGAGCUGGGCAAUAAGAGUGAUGGUCUUGCCCAGGACACCAAUGCCACUGUUGAACAGCCAUCAGUCAAACCCCUCUUAGAAAUUGGCAUGGAUAACAUUAUCACCCUGGUGGUGUUUUGCAUUAUAUUCGCUCUAGGGGUGUUGGGCAACUCUUUGGUCAUUACUGUCCUGGCAAGAAACAAGCCAGGGAAGCCCCGCAGCACCACCAACAUCUUCAUCCUUAACCUCAGCAUCGCUGACCUUGCCUACCUACUGUUCUGCAUCCCUUUCCAGUCCACUGUCUAUGUCCUGCCAACUUGGGUGCUGGGCGCCUUCAUCUGCAAGUUCAUUCAUUACUUUCUGACGGUGUCCAUGCUGGUGAGCAUCUUCACCUUAUCUGCUAUGUCCGUUGAUCGUUAUGUGGCAAUAGUGCACUCCAGGAGAUCGUCCACCAUCCGUGUCUCCAGAAAUGCCCUGAUUGGAGUAAUCCUCAUCUGGAUCCUGUCUAUUGCCAUGGCUUCUCCUGUUGCCUACAAUCAACGAUUGAUACACAGAGGCAACAAUCUGACCUUCUGUUGGGAGCACUGGCCAAAUCUGAAGCAAAAGAGGAUCUAUGUGGUGUGCACCUUUGUGUUUGGGUAUCUGCUCCCUCUCCUGCUCAUCUCCUUCUGCUAUGCCAAGAUUCUUAACCAUUUGCACAAGAAGUUAAGAAACAUGUCCAAGAAAUCUGAAGCUUCAAAGAAAAGGACAGCCCAGACCGUUUUAGUCGUUGUGGUGGUGUUUGGAAUAUCAUGGCUUCCUCAUCAUGUGAUCUAUAUGUGGGUUGAAUUUGGAAACUUUCCACUAACGCAGGCUUCAUAUGUCUUCAGAAUUACUGCCCAUUGUCUUGCAUACAGCAACUCCUCUGUAAACCCAAUCAUUUAUGCUUUCCUCUCUGAAAAUUUCCGGAAGGCCUACAAGCAAGUAUUUAAAUGCCAAAUUGGCUGCGACUCCAUGCAGACUGACGCUAAAGAAAUAAAAAGCAAAAUGGAGACUCCUCCUUCUACAAACUGCACUCAUGUUUGACUCAGAUAAUACGGUUGCAAUGUUCAGAUCUUUUUGUGCAGUAAUGAGGUUUCAAAGCACAAGGAUACUUUAUCUAAACUUGCAAGUAUAUUGUCUAGUUUUGAUGUACGUAGCUGGCAUUUGCUUCAGUUAGCUUACAUUUACUAAGUUACAUAUUUUAAGCUACUGCUACUACAUGAUAGGUACAAAAACAAAUGAAGUACUCAAAAGAGACACAAGGAGGGUAUCCUGGUAAUCUUUAAAGCUGUAAAUGAAAAUAUUUUUAUUUUUAAAAAUCAUGCAACAUGCUACCUGAGCUGGUUUAUGUUGUAUGCAAAAAUGUAAUUAAAUGUCUAUUAUAACCUGUGAUGCAUUUUAGAAUUCCGGUCUGCUGUUAUUAUAUCUGCUGUAAAAUGUAGCUUCUUAAAUGAUAAUGCUAUUAAAACGCAUGCUAUAAAACAUUUUUAAUACAUAAACUAUUCAAAGCAUCCUUUUUUAUUAAUGAUGACUUAAAGUUGAACUCUAGGCCAAAACCUCAUUUCACAAUCUUGCCAAAGGAUUUACCAAGGAAUUCUGUUUAUCCAAUCCUAAAAUGUACAAAUCUUUGCCACACAGCACAAUUCUGUCUGGAAGGGCAUGGAAUCUGAUUUUCCUCUACUGCCCCUCUCCAGCCUGUGAAGCCUCGUCCACACGACCAAGGGAACUCGACGGGCAAAACACAUCGUUAUCCUCGCCGAGUUCCUUGUUAGGCUG